UCGACGCUACUAUCGUUUCUAUGAGAAACUGCGAACAUGAAAUCAAAAAUCAUGGCCGAAGUUCUUCCAUACAUCGCAGGUUUUAUGGUAACCAUCCAAAAACGAAGAGAAAUGUGUACCCAUUAAUUUAUAAGAAGAAACAAAAACUUGAUAAUCGCGAGCACGAUAAUGACGAUGAUGAUAAAAUUGAUGCUGAAAGUAGUCAAGAACUUGCUGGAGUUAAAGAUGAUACAGAUUACAAAAAAGAUUAUAUCGGAGAGAAUAAUGAUGACAAUAAAGCAAAUAAUGAGAGGAUAGUUAUGGGAAUAAGUUACGGCUACUCCGAGGAGUUUGAUAGAGACACAGAAGUAGAAGAGAAGAACAAACGCACUGUGCCGAAUGAAGAAAGAGAAGAUGAAAAUGUAGAAGAAUGGGAAGAAGAUGAAACAAUCACUUUUGACCCAGAUUAUGACGUAACCGACGAUGACCAAGUAUACUCCGUGGAUUAUAAAGGCAACUGUCCAACGAAGUGCCCAGCGAGGAAUGUGAUGGUGUGCGCACGAUGCCAACACAACAUACACCGCACGUUCCUGAGCGUGUGCCAUCUCAGACUGUUCAACUGCAGGCAUCCCGAUGAGAAACUGGAGUUGGUAAGCAGACGCCCGUGUAUGCAAUCGACUCCAUUUCUAACCGGACUCCCACCUGCUAAGACGAAGCAGUCAGAUCCACACGACAGAGAUCCAGUUCUGAGGUUUCUGCUGUGUCGGAAAAAGGGGAGAUUACAGCGAGAUCCGAGAUGCAAAUUUUGAAUAAAAU